UCAAGUAUUUUGUGACCAAUAACAUGCUUGAAUAUUUGGCUGAGGAAUCCAAUAAUUAUGCCCACCAGAAAGCAGGAAUCACUUUACAAACAAACUCAUCUGAAAUAGAAACAUUCAUUGGUCUAUAUUUCCAUAUGGGGUUAGUGAAAAUGCCAGCAGUCGGUUGCUUUUGGGAGACAUAUACUCGUUAUCACCCAAUUGCUGAUGUAAUGGCAAGGCAGCGAUUCCAGAGGAUUGCUUCAUAUUUGCACAUAGUUGACAACUUAAAAGUAACAGAGGAAGAAAAAAAAGAUAAAGCCUGGAAGAUAAGGCGAUGGUUUGAUGAUUUGAAUGCAAAUUUUUCUGAAGUAAGUCCCUCAGAAAACCAAUGUGUUGAUGAGAUAAUGGUUGCCUUCAAAGGAAGAUCUAUUCUUAAGCAGUACCUUCCAAAGAAGCCCAAAAAAUGGGGGUUCAAACUUUGGGCCCGAUGCUCAUCCACUGGUUUUUUACAUGUAUUUGACAUAUAUCAAGGCAAAGGCACUGGAAUGGAUGAUAAUGAUAAUGUUCCAGAUUGUGGAUUGGGUGGAAAUGUCGUGUUGAAAUUAUGUUCAGCUCUUCCAUCAGACAGAAACUUCAAGGUAUUUGCUGACAACUUCUUUUCAAAUUUCGCUAUGGUGAGUGAAUUGGAAAAGCGAGGUUUGCAUUAUGUUGGCACCAUCAAUAGCAAUCGCCUUCAUGGAGCUCCACUGAAGUCAGAGAAAGAAUUGAAAAAGGAAGGUAGAGGAGCACAUGACAGCGUUGUUGAGACAACAAAAAAUUUGUCAUUAGUUCGUUGGUUUGAUAACAAGUGUGUCACUAUGAUAUCGUCCUAUAUUGGAGCUGAAGAAGUUGAUUCUGUGCGAAGAUAUGAUAGGUCAAAAAAGGAGCAUGUCAAUGUUGAACGUCCAUCUCUUAUCGGGGUUUACAACAAAUCAAUGGGUGGAGUUGAUCUCAUGGACAUGUUGUGCACACUUUACAAGUAUCAACUUCGAAGCAAGCGAUGGUAUCUCUAUAUCUUUUACCACACCCUAACCAUUGCUCUGGUGAAUGCAUGGCUCCUGUACAGAAGAGAUUGCAAAGCCUUAGAUGUUCGCGUAAUGCCCUUGAGGAAAUUUCAAGCUAUGGUUGCUGCAGCCUUAUGCAAUGUAAAAAAGUCCCAACGUGGGCGUCGAUCACUCGAUUGUUUGAGCAAGAAAAAGAAAGAGGUAAACCCAGCACCUGUAACUGAUGUUCGGUUUGAUGGUGUUGGCCAUAUGCCCAGCUAUGAGGACAAAAGGCAGCGGUGUCGGAAUUGUCCAGAGGGAUUUGCAUUUGUCAAAUGUGUGAAGUGCAAGGUUCAUUUAUGCCUGAACAAAAAUCGUAAUUGUUUCCUUGCCUAUCAUAGUAAAUAGGAGAACAUAGUAUAUCUCUACCAACUGAGUUAAACCAUAGUUAAUACCUGACUUUGUAUUGAAAGAACAGGGUAUUUUAAGAUUUACUGGACUGAAAGUUAUUCUUAUAAGCUGUUAUGUUAUUAGCCGAUGUAGCAAAUAUGCUACAUCAUAGAAUUUCCUAGAAAAAAGGGUAAAAAUAAAAUUUUUUUUAUUAUCUUGUUAUUUGGUCCAAGAAUAGUGAGGUAACAUGAAUAAAUAAUUUUUAGGCCACUAUAAAGCACUUUGGAUA